AGGGAUGGUCGGACCUUCCUGGACACGUCCGGUCAUAUAAGUUCAAGUAGAGCUCUCUCCUCUCAUAGAUUUCGCAUGUGCCGCAACCACGCCAUUACCACAGGGACGUUGUCGAAGAUCUGACUGCCUAACUUGCGCAUUCUUGAUUCCCUUGCGUUGAGGUAGCAUCAUAUUUAUCUUCCACGGCGGAGGAACUGACACUAUUCUUACUACAAAAUGGGGUUCGGCUUACCAUCCUUCAAAUAUCCAGCUGCGAGGCCGGAGGAGGGAUAUUGGGCUCCAGUAACGUCAACCAUCAACUGGUGUGAAGAGGACUAUUAUGCUACCGUCUACUCGGCCGAAAUCAUCAAUACCCUCACGAACCUGCUAUUCAUAGGUCUGGGCAUCAAGGGCAUACGGAAUUGUCUCAAAUACGAGCAUGACAGUGUUUUCCUGGUGGCAUUCAUCGGGUAUUUGCUCGUGGGAAGUGGAAGUUUUGCCUUUCACAGCACGCUGAAGUAUCCGAUGCAGCUCGUCGAUGAGCUGAACAUGAUCUACACUGCCUGCUUGAUGUGCUAUGCGACAUUCUCAUUUUCUCAAUCAAGAAUUGUCCGACAAGUACUGGCUGCCGGAUUGCUCUCUCUGGCGGUUUUCAUCACAUUAUACUAUCAUUAUCUCCAAGACCCUCUCUUCCACCAGAAUGCCUUUGCCAUCAUCACUGCCGUCGUCCUCUUCCGCUCCAUGUACGUUAUGGAGGUCAAUAUUCGGCCAUCCUUGAAGGCAAAAUAUGGGACGGCACCGGUGAAAACUGAUCCAAUGUCCUUGCCAAAGUCCCUUCGAGUAGCCAACGCACAUAGAGAUCAAGCGAUACUGAAAGAAAUGUGGCUGAUGGUGGCUCUUGGUCUCUCCAUUUUCUUGGGAGGCUUUGGAAUCUGGGCGCUGGACAACCAAUAUUGCUCAAGUAUUCGCCGUUGGAGACAUCAAGUUGGAUUACCCUGGGGAAUUCUACUCGAAGGACACGGGUGGUGGCAUCUGAUGACUGGCAUUGGUUCCUACUUUUAUAUUGUCUGGGCCAUUUGGCUCAGACAUUGUUUGAAUGAAAGACAGGACGAGUACGUUCUCAAGUGGCCCAGCAUGCUCUGGUCGAUUCCCGAAGUUGUCCCAAGACUCGAAGCGGAAAAAAGCAACAGUUACCGUGAGUCGUUGAAUGGGUAUACGAAUGGAAAGACGGAUAAGAGUGAAGCCAGGAAGUCUGUAUAGAGAAUUGUGCUGUUAAUGGACAUAGACUAGAGGUUUUGGGUUUCGUUCAGUCAUCCAGGAUACCCCUUCUUCUUUGGUGUUUGGAAAACAAAUUGUCAAGGCACUGAAGCAUUUUGCAAGCCUAUUUUCAUCAAAUUAAUUGUUUCCCCCAACGUAAGACCUUCAUAUAAAGGACUUUUGUCUUCUAAAAGAGGUCCAACAUUUUACGGUCUCGGCGUUUAUCCGCAUUGUAAGAAAUCCCAUGCUCA